CGGACCAUGCUCACCCGGACGUGUAGAGGCGGUGCACUGGUUAACUUCAAGCCAUGGAGGAGCAGGAGAUGCAGAUUAAGGUGAAAAAAGUCACAGACAAGUUCACGGAGAGUAUGUAUGUCCUCGCCAAUGAGCCUUCAGUGGCUUUGUAUCGCCUGCAGGAACAUGUGCGUAGAUCAUUACCGGAGCUGGCCCAGCACAAGGCUGAUAUGCAGAACUGGGAAGAGCAAAGUCAAGGAUCCAUUUACACAGUGGAGUAUGCUUGCAGUGCUGUAAAAAGUAUGACAUUCAGCAGCGUGCACUUUAAGAGCAUCGAAGGUCUACUGAAGCAAGCAAUCAACUUGAAGAACCAGCUGAACACAGUACAGAGUCGCAGGUAGUUCGCCAGAAAGGUUUUCAUUUUCCAUCUCAGCCUUCACAUAUAAGCAGAAGACAGAGAAGAAGAAAAGAGAAGCAAAGACAAUUUUCCCGCUUAAGAAUACUGGCAUUAUUUUGUGAAUUUCUGCUUGGGGCUUUUUUUUUUUUUUUACAAAAACUUGUAUGCCGAUAUUGACUGUAUACAAUGUGAAUGGUAUCUGAAGUAACAAGGGAACUUGUAAGAAAACUGAAGGAAGUGCUAUGUUAAAGUAAUGGCUUGCAUGAAAAUAAAUCGAACUGUAUUACGUAACGUGAUUAUAUACUCCUCUUAAAACUGUGAGGUUUGGGAAAACGUGCUCUUCAAACAUUCUUUACUUUGUGUUCUUUAUGUAAGUCCCCAUAUACACUCUCACAGUGGUAUAAUGCACUUAUACACAGAUAAACAUUACGGCCCAGAUU